AUGGAGGUCCACAAUGACACGGUGGUGUCGGGAUUCCUCCUCCUGGGGCUCGCUGACCUCCCCGUGGUGCGCUACCCCCUGUGUGUGGUCUUUGCCGUCAUCUAUCAGAUAACCCUGGUGGGAAAUGGGUCCAUCCUCUUGGCCAUCGGGACUGAGAAGAAGCUGCACGCCCCCAUGUAUUUCUUGUUGGCAAAUCUGUCCCUCAUAGACAUAUUCUGUCCCUCGGCUACAGUCCCCAAAAUGCUCCAGAACCUCCUGACCGAGGAGCAAAGCAUUUCCUUUAUCGGGUGUGCUUUGCAGCUUUACUUCCUGGUGGCCCUGGCAGGGACAGAAGUCUUUCUCCUUGCUGUCAUGGCUUAUGACCGCUACGUGGCCAUCUGCUUUCCGCUCCGUUACCCUCUCCUCAUGACCAGGGCUCGCUGUGCUCAGCUAACGUCCGGGACCUGGGCUGCAGGGUUUCUCAACUCUCUUGUCCACACAGUGACCACUUUCCACUUGUCUUUCUGCAAGUCCCGUCGGGUUGACCAGUACUACUGUGACAUCCCUCAAGUGGUGGCCCUCUCGUGCUCACCUACGUACCUUGCUGAAAUGCUUGUGUUAGUCGUGGGUGGCACCCUGGGGACCAGCGCCUUCAUGGCCACCUUGGUCUCAUACAUGUACAUCAUCUCCACCAUCCUGAAGAUCCAGUCUGCCGAAGGGAAGCACAAAGCCUUCUCCACCUGUGCGUCCCACCUGCUGGUGGUCUGCCUGUUCUACGGCUCCACCAUAUCUACCUAUAUCCGCCCCUCCUCUAGCCAGCACUCCCCUGCCAGAGAAAGAGUUGUGUCCCUGCUGUUUGGGGUGGUUGCCUCGAUGUUAAACCCCGUGAUCUACAGCCUGAGAAACUCCGACGUGAAGAGAGCGCUCCGACGAGUUCUAUGUCGUGGAACACGUUUACAACCAGCGUGA